CACGAAGACACCAGAGGAUAUAAGACGUGUGAAACUGCCGCUGCCUCUGCGACACCCUGAUGUCGAAUACCAGUACCUUCCUGCCUGAAACUGUCCUCCCCAUUUCAUUAUGAGUUCACUCGCACUUUCCAUUCUUGCGCUUGGCGCUCUCGUCCGUGGCCAGCAGGCUGGCACCCUCACUGCCGAAGUCCAUCCGCCGCUCACUGUAUCCAACUGCACUGCUAACGGUUGCACCACCGAGAGCCACACGAUUGUCUUAGAUGCCAAUUGGCGCUGGCUACACAGCACUACCGGUAGCACCAAUUGCUACAAUGGAAACACAUGGGACGCAACACUCUGCCCAGACCCCGUGACUUGCGCAGCCAACUGCGCGCUCGAUGGAGGGAACUACGCCAGCACUUAUGGCAUCACCACGUCCGGCAACUCUCUCAGUCUGGGCUUCAAGACCGGCAGCAACGUUGGCUCACGCGUGUAUCUCAUGGACACCAGUGACUCUCAAUACCAGGUGUUCCACUUGAAGAAUCGCGAAUUUACCUUUGAUGUCGAUGUGUCCGGCAUCGGCUGCGGGAUCAACGGUGCUUUGUACUUUGUUGAGAUGUAUCCCGACGGAGGGUUGAGUGAGUAUUCGGGAAACAAGGCGGGUGCGAAGUAUGGUACCGGAUACUGUGACUCUCAAUGCCCCCAGGACAUUAAGUUCAUCAACGGAAAGGCCAACAUUAAUGGCUGGACGCCGGCCAGCAACAAUGCAAACACCGGGUCUGGUGGUUCCGGCUCUUGCUGCAAUGAGAUGGAUAUCUGGGAGGCCAAUUCUGUGUCCGCCGCACUGACGCCGCAUGUCUGCAGCGUCAACGGCCAGACAAUCUGCUCGACUAACACCACUUGCGGAGCCGGCUCGGAUAGGUAUACGGGAUAUUGUGACAAGGACGGAUGCGACUUCAACAGCUACCGCAUGGGCAACCAUACCUUCUACGGACCGGGUGACACUGUCGACACCAAGUCAAAAUUCACCGUGGUCACUCAAUUCAUCACGAGCGACGGGACUGACGCGGGCAAACUCUCCGAGAUCCGCCGCUUCUAUGUCCAGAACGGCAAAGUCAUCUCCAACUCUGCUUCUGACGUCGCUGGAGUGUCGGGCAACAGCAUCACGGACUCUUUCUGCGCCGCGCAGAAGACUGCUUUUAACGAUACCAACGAAUUUGCUGCGAAAGGUGGUCUAGCUGCGAUGGGUGCUGCCUUUGAUCGCGGCAUGGAGCUGGUUAUCUCCAUUUGGGACGACUAUGCGGUUGAUAUGCUGUGGCUGGAUUCCGACUACCCUACGACUGCUGAUCCGGGUGCGCCAGGGGUGGCGAGAGGGACUUGCGCCACCACCUCCGGUGUUCCUAGCGACGUCGAGUCGCAACAGGCGAACGCGAAAGUCAUCUUCUCAAACAUCAAGGUCGGUACGUUGUGCAGUACGUUCAGUGGUGGCAACUGCGGUGCGAGCGGAACAGGUGGCUCUUCCUCAUCCAGCUCCUCCAUUGCCUCAUCGUCACGCUCGACAUCUAGUACCGCAGCUUCCACUUCGUCGCGGACUUCCUCGACCUCGGUUCCUCCCUCCUCAACGCGCACUUCUUCCACCUCGACGCGUGGCUCCUCGACUGCGUCUUUGGCCAGGGUCUCCACGUCUUCUACUCGUACGUCAAGCAUUUCUAGCAGCAGCAGCAGCCCAACAGGCACAAGUGUUGCUCAGCACUAUGGGCAAUGCGGUAGGCAGCAUCAUUGGCCCACCAAGUUUCGAAGUAUUUGGCUAACCUUGGUAGGCGGCAUUGGCUGGAAUGGUCCAACAAGUUGCGCCAGUCCAUACACCUGUACGGUGUCCAAUGCCUACUACUCCCAGCUUGUAGCCUGGAACCUUGGAUACUGCGGAAGAUGCAGAUGGAACGUCUUUCAUGAUGCGGGACGGCAAGUGUGCUCUGGACAAUGUUCAACUCUCUCUCGCGACUGUCUUGCUGCGCAAGGAACUUGGCUUCGUUGAUGCAGUGCGUGGGUUAGCUUUACUAUGUCUUUCUCGCUCUGUGUCAUGGUCAAGUACAGUAUGAAAUACACUUCAUUACAGCU